CAAAGCUACACAGAAAAACCCUGUCUCGAAAACAAACAAACAAGCAAACAAAAAAACAAAAACAAAACUGGGCGAAUGCUGAGUGAGGAAGAGAGAGACAGUGAAUGAGCAUGACAAGCAUUUGUGAUACAGACCGCGAGGCCCAGCAAAGACUAUGUACAUGACAGUGUGUGUGAGUGUGCACGUGUGCGUGCGCGUGCGUGUGUGUGUGUGUGUGUGUGUGUGUGUGUGUGUGUGAAUAGCACACCAUUGCAUUCAACAAUGUAUAAUAUCAAAAGACAGUGUGUGGGUGUGACAGGGAUUACAUGUGACUUCUGUGUGUGUAUGAGAGAGAGAACUGUAUGCAAUAUGUGUCAAGCCGGUUGAGAGCACCAGCUGCUCUUCCAGAGGUCCUGAGUUCAAUUCCUCACGCCCACAUUGCGGCUCACAACUGUCUAUGGAAUCUUAUGUGCAGGUGUACACACAGACAAGUAUACAUAAAUAAAUAAAUCUUUAAAAGAAGAAGGAGGAGGAGGAGGAGGAGGAGGAGAAGAAGAAGAAGAAGAAAUUGACCAAGAGAAAACGUGGCCACACACUUUCCACCCCUGGAAAGAAAACCAUGUGGUCCUGGAUGACACCAAGCAACGGAGCGCUUGCUUGGCAGAGAGGCUGAGCGAGUUAUUGUAUGAGAUGCUGAGAAAGCGUGGAUGAGAACUUCAGGAGAAGCCGAAACCGCACUUGUGGGUGACAGCGUACACUUUCGACACUCUGAGAUAGGGUACCUGCCUGUGCAGCGGUGCAAGCUGCUGCUGGCGGUGGCGUGCUCUGCAGUGCGAAGUCACGAGUGACAGCGGUGGGCUAGGUGUGUCGAGACCUUUGGUGGUGUGCAUUGUGUUGAGCACCAUGGCACUACUCAGUGACCUGGCGAGGUAGUGAGCAUCUCUGUGUGAGUGACUUGAGUCUGCGUACCGCUGAGAGGGUCGCUGUGAUGGGGUGAUGCUGAGGGGACUCGUUUGCAUGUGAAGGAGGGAGAGGCUGCGUGGGACGCCCAGGAGAGGCUUGCGUGCAUAAAGAUACACACCUAGAGGGUCCGUCUUUUCCUGCCAGAGAGAAAGACACGCUGGAAACAAGAGUGACUGAAAAACGGGGGAGAGAGAGAGAAAAGAAGAUACACAGCUCGGAGAGGACCCAGAGAGACAGACCUAGGGCGCGGAGACAGGUGGUGACUAGGAGGAGGAGGAGGAGGCGCUCCUGAGGGGCUGCACCCCAGGGGAGGGGGCGGGGCUGGGAAGGGGACCAGCCGCUGCCUCUCUCAGCCUCUGUCACCCGCCAGUCAUCCCAGCCCUGAGCUGCAACAGCCAUGUCCAACAACAUGGCCAAGAUCGCUGAGGCCCGCAAGACGGUGGAGCAGCUGAAGCUGGAAGUGAACAUCGAUCGCAUGAAGGUGUCGCAGGCGGCCGCUGAGCUCCUGGCUUUCUGUGAGACGCACGCUAAGGAUGACCCACUGGUGACUCCUGUCCCCGCCGCCGAGAACCCCUUCCGCGACAAGCGACUCUUUUGCACCCUGCUCUGAGCCCUCAAGACAGCUUUAUCCUCCCUCGCUGAAGCAUGAAUCCAAUAAACUUGGUGACUUGG